UUUUUUUUUUUGGUAGUUUUGUUUUUUUGUUUUGUUUUGUUUCUUUUUAAGAAAAACAAGCAGUGUGCUGAGAGCUGCAACCCCUGUGGGAGGUGUUCAGCCUUGGCCGGAGCCGCCUGAGCCCCCCCGGGGCCGGGAGGCUGCGCUGGCCCGGGCUCAGCCUGAGGCUUUCUGGGACAGCCAUUCCUGACUCCAGCCGGUGUCCGGGCGGCUGUGGAGGGCAGAGCCGCGGCAGCUCCGCUCGGACCGGACGGCACCGACAUGGCUCUCCGCGGAGCCUGCCUCCUCCUCUGCCUCCUCUCCCUCGCCCAGGUCGCCGACCAGCAGAACGGCAAAGCCCGGCAAAAACCGGCCGCUUCCAAGAAAGAUGGUGUGAGCCUCAAAAUGAUUGAAGACUUGAAGGCCAUGAUUGACAACAUCUCUCAGGAGGUUGCUCUACUGAAGGAAAAGCAAGCGCUCCAGACAGUUUGCCUGAAAGGCACCAAAAUUCAUCUGAAAUGCUUUCUGGUGUUUUUGGAGACCAAGACAUACCACGAGGCCAGCGAAAACUGCAUCUCUCAGGGCGGCACGCUCAGCACGCCCCAGAACGGGGAGGAGAACGAUGCCCUCUAUGACUACAUGCGCAAGAGCAUCGGCUCGGAGGCCGAGAUCUGGCUGGGCCUCAACGACAUGGCCAUGGAGGGCAAGUGGGUCGACAUGACAGGCAGCCCCAUCCGCUACAAGAACUGGGAGACUGAAAUCACCACCCAGCCCGACGGCGGCAAGCUGGAAAAUUGUGCGGCUUUGUCGGGGACCGCCAAUGGCAAGUGGUUUGACAAGAGGUGCCGAGAACAGCUGCCUUACAUCUGCCAGUUCAUGAUUGUGUAGCGGCGGGGCCUCCCCCUGCUCUCCCAGCCCGGUCUCCACCCUGGGCAGCAGGAUGAUGAAGCUGUAGCUGUGUGUACACCUCCAUGUCCAUCUGCACACCCACACGCACGUGUUCACUCCGUAGAGUCACCCUUUGCAAAGAGAUUCGCCACGGCUCACUGUCGGGUUAUAGAGCCCUAGAGCAUUUCCUUUGGCCACAUCCAGCCCUGUUUGCAGCUGCACUGCUCUUCCUAAGGCACAAUUCAUAGAUAUAUAUUUUUUUACACAGGGAAUUUAUUAGGACAGCUCAGUUGUUCCAGCAAAGAACCAGCAGUCCAGCCUGGCACACAGCUGCCUCGGCUGCCUAAGGCUGUCCAGAGUGUCUUUUCCCAUUUUGCUGAGCUUUCUUGGGACACCAGUAUAGGCAGUUUCUGCUUUCUUCUCUUGUUUUGCUUCCCAUAAGCCCUGGCAGCAUUUUGUGAGAGUUCCGUGUUCCUCACAGUGUUCCAGUUCAGCCUUGUGAGGAUCAAGGUCCUGUCUCAACGAGCAGAGGGAGUUGCUCCUGCUUUGCAUUGAGAGAUGCAAUUGGGCUUAUUUGGCAGGGUACCAGGGUGCGACUAGUCAAAUUACAUGUAUGAAUGAAUCAGCAAGUUACAGGCAUGUUUGGUCCUCUUCUCACCAGCCAGAAGCCAGUUUCACUGACUUCAGUGGGGGAGCAAGACCCACUGCCAGAUCCUUUGAAAAAAAAUGCCCAUCAAAACUUUAUUUGUGCUGCAGUAUCAAGGGGAAAGCAGGAAAAACUUGGAGCAUAGUUAAUCAACAAUAUUACUAGAAAUAGAUGUAUUACAUAAAUAACAUAAAUGUAAUAUUCUUAGGGAGUAUGUUGCUAUAUAAAAAUAACCAUAUAUUUUUAAAAGCCCCGGGACAACUCACUACAGCAGCUUUAGGAAUGACCUGAUCUGUUUACAUGAUGGGAAUCCAGAUGAACUAGUCCAGUCUUUGCUGGUUCUUGGCAAACAUAAAUCUGCUGAGCACUGUUUGUGCCAAUAUAGUCAUGCCCACCUGAAGGUCUGACCUCAGUGAUUUUUUACUGAGAAGAGGUUUAAAGUAAAAAAGCAAAACAAAACAAAACAAAAAAUAAAACAAAGCAAAAAAAUCCCAACAAAACCAGCAAUGGUGGGAAAGAAAUGCAGGUCACCCUGGCAGUUUAACAGAGCUUUUCUGGCUUUUGGCUAUAAGAUGUCAGUGGCUCUUUUCAGUCCAGUGUUUAGUAAUAACCCCUUCAGUUUGGGUCACACACCCUGUGCUUCCAGGUUGGAGGUGUCACGACAGGAUCCUGCCCAUGGGACAGGUAUUCCAAUUUGCUUCUGUGUUGAAAAGCAGCAUGGUGGUAGGUCUUCCAAGCAAUCAAGUCUGAGCCAAGCUGGAAACACACACACACACACACACACACACACACACACACACACACAAACAAAUGCAGAGUGCACGCUUCUGAGGUGGUCACUAUUGCCAAACUCUCUGCUGUUCAAAUUACUAUAAAAUAAAAAUAUAGCUUGCUGAAGGAAUGGAGUUGUGUCAAUGUGGUUGGAGUGCUUUCUUCUACUUGUCUUUCUCUUCAGAGUAGCUCCAGGGAUAUAUCUGAAGGCUGGAGAUAACAAAGGCAGAGGGGAAAAUAAAGGAAGUGAAAGCCUCCCACCCUGUAAUACGCUUUAUAGGAUUCUCCCCCUCCUGCCCCGUUAUCAUCUCAGUCACAUGCUAUACACAGGAUAUAGGCAGGGAAUCCUUUUAUAGGAAAAUAAGAUUUCCUUCCUUUCCUGCCUUGCUGCUGGGAAAUUUCAUUCUGAAAUACAAGCUAGCCCAGAAGGAAGGUCCCUCCCUCAGCCCUGUUUGGCAGCAGUAGUGGUGCUGAGGGAGGUGGCACCUCAGGUCCCAGUAUGGAGCCAGUCCUUCCCAGGCUGCCUCCCACUUCCUCUGCAAUGAGCAGAGCUGCAGUGGCACCAAGAGUCCUUCUCCUUCACUCACUGAGGUGGUGAUGACUUCUCUCUCCUCUCUGGCAUCCCAUGUAGGAGAGAAGACCAUCCAUGUAGAAGACAAUGCCUCACACCAAUCUGAAGUUUCAGCUGCUGCAGAACUGCAUGUGAAGUUAGGUCACUUUUGCACAGCCCUUCAGUGAGCUUUACUUUGGACCCUGCUCCUGGCAUUUUCCAAGACUCUCUGCUGUAGGUUAUGAUUACACCCUACAAAUCAGCUUGUCCCAAUAUAAAUCCUCUAGUUCCUUUGGCAGAUGUUCCCUCCAUGUUUUGAGAUACACAUGAAGGCAAAGCAGCAAUGCUGGAAGCGUUGCUGGCUUUAAUCCUGACGGGUCAUAAACCACAAGGUCUUAAAAUACAAAUGUGUGGUUGGAGAAAUAAACAGGGCUUUUAUGGAAAGAGGAACAGUGUGAAAGCCAUGGACUCUGCAAUGCUGAGCUUCAGGGAAGUUGUGGGUGCUAGAGCUGGACAAUCUUGGUAUGGAGUGUGAAUCUGAAAAACAGCCAUGGAGAUGGAUGCCAAAUGAUAUUCCCAGAGAGGAUGUGAAGAAGUCAGUCUGUCAAAUAUAAAAAAUAACAAGUCACUCUCAUCAGAUUUCUUGCUCAUAUCUCUCUAUUUUCACAAAGCUAAACUCCUGCCAGCACCAUUCCUCAUAGAUGUUUUGCUCUUCUGAAGCUGGGAGGAGCACAGGGAAGGGUGGCUUUGCCCCUGCUGUACUUGUUGGAUCCAGGAUGACAAAACUGACCUUGUCAUUUCAGUGCUACAUUUAUAAGUUUCCUGUUAUUCUUGCAAUUUUCUUACUGUACAAUAUGAACUACAAAUUUUCUUUGAAAAGCCAAAGAGGAGGAACUUCUAUAAGAUUCCUCAUCCUUGCUUACCACAGCAAUGUUAUUUUAUGUGUUCAGUCCUGUAUUUUGUGGUCACAGGGAUGGAGGGAUUGAAUGGGGGACAGCCGCUGGCUGCCUCCACAGGGAAGCUGUCCUGAGCACAUGUGGUCCAUCUGCUGGGGGCCAGAACAAGCAUCACUUUUUGGAUCUUCCAUGUAAUCCUUUGGCACUCAAGCAAGAGUGGAACAUCUGCUGUCCAUGAAGUGUGGUCUCAACCAAAGGUUUGCAGACUAAUGGAAAGAAACCUCAGCUCUUCCCUGAGGAAAAGGAAAUGUGGAAGUGAUCAUGUCUGAAACAAUGUAUUGUGAUGCCUGCAAUCCCUAAUCAACUUCAUGUUAUUAAAAAUAGAGGCUGUUGUGUAAGACCUUGUGCCACUGGUGGCACUGCUCAGCUGCCUGUGGCUCUGUGACACAGCAGAGGAAAGAUGAAACAUGAAAUGUACAUAUAUUUAUAAAAAAAAAUAAUUAAAGUUACUGGGUGAGCCUA